AGCCAGGUCCUAUACAUCAUCAUGUUCAGAAAGCUUGACCCAAUCACGAUGCUGAGUGGGAGGAAUUUAUCCUCGCAUGAAUGGCGUGCAUCACCGCGACAUCAGCACCAGCAAUCUAGCCCCAGCAAUCUGAUGGGAUACCGCUUACGUGGUCGAUUCAUGAGUGUCCUCAAUGAUUUCGACUUGUCGUCGAUCGAACAAUCUUUGUCCUCGAUUAAAGACGCUCCCAAAGGCUUCGAGCGCACAGGAAUGGUACCAUUCGUGCCAUUAAACCUUCUCACACCAGAAGCCAUUGCAGGCGAAGUUGAGCACGUGUACCGGCAUGAUGCCGAAUCGUUCAUCUGGGUCCUCACUUGGAUUUGUCUUCGAUAUGAAAGUGGCAAGCUCCUCAACAAGGGCAGGCGACUGGAUGAAUGGCUGAUGGUAGAUGCUCUUGGAUGCGCAAAAGAAAAGGUCUCCUUUUUGUUUCAAGGAACGCUUAACAAAAAAUUGUGGACACCGAUAUCGCAGUGUGUCCUGGGAGGUUGCAAAGAAGUGCUUAGGGAUGGUUUACCAAUAUGGAGGCUCAUCGAAUCCCGCCUUUACGAACAAUGA